AUGUCAUCUCCUACCGUUUUCGUCUGUGGUGCAACUGGCACCCAAGGAGGUGCCCUCAUCGAUCAUCUACUCAAACACAACGUCAAAGUCCACGCAGUGACCAGAUCACUCAGUUCGACCAAUGCUCAACGCCUUCAAAGUCUCGGUGUGGCAAUUACCGAGGGCGAUUUCGACAACGAAGAAUCCGUCAGACAGAACAUGACCCACUGCACCAGCCUCUUCCUCAACCUGAUGCCUGCCCUGACAGACCUCAACACAAGCCUCGAGCAAGCCCGUCGACUCCUUAAGAUAGCAAAAGAGUCCGGCAUCAAGCAAGUCAUCUACACCAGCGGCGUGUCCGCAGGCAAUCCCUCGCGCAACAAAUACUGGGAUCCCAACGGCAUAAUCAGCAAAAUGAUGCUCAACAAACAAGACAUCGAAGCCGAAGUUCGAAGAGCAGGCUUUGAUACCUGGACUAUCCUCCGACCAGGCAACUUCAUGACCAACUUCUUGUUCCCAAUGAACCAGAUGUAUCCCGGGUUGGCGGAGCACGGGGUGUUCACCACAGCUCUCGCGCCUGAUACACUGCUGCCUAUGGUUGAUCCCAAUGAUAUCGGCAAUUUUGCUGCUGCGGCAAUUCUUGAUCCCAUCGAGUCCCAUCAACAGGAGGUUGAGAUCGCGUCGGAAUUCAUGGGGGUGGAGGCGAUAAUGCGAGCCUUGGAAAGAGCGACCGGAAGGGAUUUCAAGGCAGUCUUCAUGUCUGAUGAAGAGAUCGAUAAGCAGAGAGGUGUUAAUCCAUUCAUUGCAGGACAGCUCAUGAUGCGCGAUAUGUCUUCUUUUGUGGAUUUGGAGAAGGUGAAGGCGUGGGGCCUUCCACUUGGAACUUUCGACCGGUUUUUGAUCCGUGAGAAGGCUAAAGUCAAUGCAAGCUAUUUAUGA